GGUGGAUGGUGGGGUAUUUCAAGCACUGUUCUCGCGGUUGGGUUUGUUGCGUGAUGAGCCAUGUUUCGUGACAAGAUCAGCAUGAUCUUGUGUUGACGCUGGAGCCGAAUUUCCUUGCUGAUCAUGUGAUUUGGUGGCUCUCUGCUUCUCUGGGUUCUUCUUUCAUCGCUCGAGCGCAAGUGAAGGCAAUUCGUCUUGUUUGUGCAGGUUUUGGAAUCUUAUCCAGAUUUUCCAGCUACGGGUAAUCGCUUGGGGUAUUCGGCGAUGUCAUGGGUAAUUUAGACCGGUCGUUGCAUGUAUUCUUGCUGUUGCUGCUGCUGCUGAGCGUGGCGUCAAUUGUACCGAUCGCGAGUGCAAGGAAGCCGAUUAAUGUCACCUACGAUCAGCGAGCACUCAUAAUCAAUGGCCAGCGCCGGAUGCUCAUCUCCGCGGGCAUACACUACCCGCGUGCUACGCCUGAGAUGUGGCCAAGCCUGGUACAGAAGUCGAAGGAGGGAGGUGCAGACGUAGUGCAAUCUUAUGUUUUCUGGAAUGGCCAUGAGCCUAAGCAAGGGCAGUAUAACUUCGAGGGCAGAUAUGAUUUGGUUAAGUUUAUAAAGGUGGUGCAACAAGCUGGAUUGUACUUUCAUCUCCGCAUUGGCCCCUACGUAUGUGCAGAAUGGAACUUUGGGGGAUUUCCUUACUGGCUGAAAGAUAUCCCCGGAAUUGUAUUUCGUACCGACAACGAACCCUUCAAAGUUGCGAUGGAAGGGUUCGUGUCAAAGAUUGUGAACUUAAUGAAGGAAAAUCAGCUGUUUGCAUGGCAAGGAGGACCCAUUAUCAUGGCCCAGAUCGAGAAUGAGUAUGGGAAUAUAGAAUGGGCGUUUGGCGAUGGGGGGAAACGAUAUGCCAUGUGGGCAGCUGAAUUGGCCCUCGGCCUUGAUGCAGGAGUACCCUGGGUGAUGUGCCAGCAAGAUGAUGCUCCUGGAAAUAUCAUCAACACAUGUAAUGGAUAUUACUGUGACGGGUUUAAGGCAAACACUGCCACCAAGCCAGCUUUUUGGACGGAGGAUUGGAACGGCUGGUUUCAAUACUGGGGACAGUCGGUUCCACAUAGACCGGUGGAAGACAAUGCGUUUGCCAUUGCACGUUUUUUCCAGCGUGGAGGAAGCUUUCAGAACUAUUACAUGUACUUUGGUGGUACCAACUUUGCUCGAACUGCUGGUGGACCAUUCAUGACAACGUCUUACGAUUAUGAUGCACCUCUUGAUGAAUAUGGGCUCAUAAGGCAACCAAAAUGGGGGCAUCUGAGAGAUCUUCACGCUGCCAUCAAGCUGUGCGAGCCCGCACUAACUGCCGUUGACGAAGUGCCACUCUCCACUUGGCUUGGUCCGAAUGUAGAGGCGCACGUAUAUUCAGGACGUGGACAAUGCGCCGCUUUUCUUGCAAAUAUUGACAGUUGGAAAAUCGCCACUGUACAGUUUAAAGGGAAAGCGUAUGUGCUGCCACCUUGGUCUGUCAGCAUAUUACCUGAUUGCAAGAAUGUCGUAUUUAACACGGCUCAGGUAGGCGCUCAGACCACUUUGACAAGGAUGACAAUCGUGCGCUCAAAAUUAGAAGGGGAGGUUGUCAUGCCUUCUAAUAUGUUGCGUAAGCAUGCUCCUGAGAGCAUAGUGGGAUCAGGCCUGAAAUGGGAGGCAUCAGUGGAGCCAGUUGGCAUUAGGGGAGCCGCAACACUCGUUUCAAACCGUUUGCUCGAACAACUUAAUAUUACAAAGGAUUCCACGGAUUACCUUUGGUACUCAAUCAGCAUCAAGGUCUCUGUGGAGGCUGUUACAGCUCUCUCCAAAACUAAAUCGCAAGCAAUACUGGUACUCGGCUCUAUGCGUGAUGCAGUACAUAUCUUCGUCAACAGACAACUUGUAGGCAGUGCAAUGGGAUCGGAUGUUCAAGUUGUCCAGCCUGUUCCUUUGAAAGAAGGGAAGAAUGACAUCGACUUGCUCAGUAUGACUGUAGGAUUGCAGAACUACGGUGCGUAUCUAGAGACUUGGGGCGCAGGGAUUCGAGGAUCCGCGUUAUUAAGAGGACUGCCAUCUGGGGUUCUUGAUUUAUCGACAGAAAGAUGGUCAUAUCAGGUUGGUAUUCAAGGGGAGGAGAAAAGACUAUUUGAAACUGGCACUGCAGACGGUAUUCAGUGGGAUUCAUCAUCUUCGUUCCCGAAUGCUUCUGCCCUUACUUGGUACAAGACCACAUUUGACGCACCUAAAGGUACAGAUCCUGUUGCUCUGGACCUUGGGAGCAUGGGAAAAGGUCAAGCUUGGGUAAAUGGUCAUCAUAUGGGCCGCUAUUGGCCAUCUGUGCUUGCUUCACAAUCAGGGUGUUCAACAUGUGACUAUCGGGGAGCCUACGACGCGGAUAAAUGUCGCACAAAUUGUGGAAAACCCUCGCAACGAUGGUACCACAUUCCUCGAGCGUGGCUUCAACUUUCCAAUAACUUGUUGGUUCUUUUUGAGGAGAUUGGAGGUGACGUUUCGAAAGUUUCAUUGGUCACACGAUCUGCUCCUGCGGUAUGUACUCAUGUACACGAAUCGCAACCUCCACCUGUGCUUUUCUGGCCUGCUAAUUCUUCUAUGGAUGCUAUGAGCAGUCGUUCCGGAGAGGCGGUGCUUGAAUGUAUAGCCGGCCAACAUAUACGCCACAUAAAAUUUGCCAGCUUUGGAAACCCGAAAGGCUCUUGUGGCAACUUCCAACGUGGGACUUGCCAUGCAAUGAAGAGUUUGGAAGUAGCGCGGAAGGCUUGCAUGGGGAUGCACCGAUGUAGCAUACCAGUCCAAUGGCAAACAUUUGGAGAGUUUGAUCCCUGUCCAGAUGUAUCCAAAAGCCUAGCUGUGCAAGUGUUUUGUUCUUCCAAAGGAAGCCAGCAAGCCACAGACGAGCCCGUGCCUCCAGCUUAUUACUUCAACUAUCAGUGGCAGCAGCCCAUCGGUAUGAAUGACCAUCUAUACCAGAGGAAAGUACCCCUCAUCACACCAGUCAAUGUGAACAAGUAUAGCAGUGUUGCAUAGUGUUGAGAUCAUUAAAUGUAGCCUAAGCUCUCCAUAAUAUUUACUGUAGACUAUAGUAAUUAUUGUAGCUACAGUAUUUAGAGUCUAGUGGAGAAGUACUGUUCAUCUUCUUAUCUUCUCUCUUCUUGUGUACGAGACACAACCAGAUCAAUAGAUUUUUGUGUGUGUGAAGCUCUCUCUCCUUAGAAACCUUUGUGUGUGUAUGACUUACUACUACUCUUGUGUCUUUCUAAACAUUCUCAACAAGUUAUCAGCAGGA